CUCAGAUCUCAGAUCUCAGAUCUCUUGUUCUUCACGCGAAGACUUCUCCACGAACUCCGCCAGAUGAGCGUUUCCGGCGAGCGCCCGAGUGCCAAAACAUCGACGCACGGCCAACUCUGAGCCGCUGUUAUGUGGGUUUCCAUCGUUUGCUCUGAAGCUCUGCCAACGGGUUGGAAAGCAAUAAAAGACACGCCUUGUAAGCAGCAACAUUGGCACGUUUUUGAUAUGUAAAACCAUUAUUUCAAAUGGCGGCUGAGGACAUCAUCAGGAUUACAGCAUCAGGAAUAACUGGCCAGACUGGCAACAACUAAACAGCUCAACUGAUUUACUCGAACUACUUCUCUAAUAAUGUUAUUUAACUCUACCUGUGAGGCUUAUGGCAAUCCAGUGGCCUUCUUCUACAACAACACUGGCAAGGCCAUCACCCCGGCCUGGCGCACUCAUGACUAUUUCGUGAUCGCUCUCGGGCUUCCGAUUUGCGUCUGUAUUAUCCUUUCGAAUAUGUUGGUCAUAGUGGCUAUAAUCAUCAACCGACAGUUCCACUUCCCCAUUUAUUACUUACUGGGGAACAUGGCGGCGGCGGACCUCUUCGCCGGCAUUUCGUAUUUCUACCUCGUGUUCCACACGGGGCCGUGGACCAUUGAGCUGUCCAUCCAGCAGUGGUUUGUUCGUGGAGCUUUGAUCAACAUGAGCCUGACUGCGUCAGUGGUCAACCUGUUGGCGGUGGCGGUGGAGCGCCAUCAGACCAUCUUCACCAUGCAGCUCCACAGCACCAUGACCAGGCGGCGUGUGGUGAUGCUGAUAGUCACCAUCUGGUUGGUGGCCGUCUUCAUGGGUUUGGUGCCCACCAUGGGCUGGAACUGUAUUUGCGACCUGUCUAGCUGCUGCACGGUAGCGCCGCUGUAUUCCCGCAGCUUCCUGGUGUUCUGGGCCAUCCUCAACCUCUUGGCCUUCUUUAUCAUGGUGGCCGUCUACACGCACAUCUUCAUCUACGUCCGCCGCCGGAACCAACAGAUGUCGCCGCACACAGACCAGCCCUCGAACAACCAGACUGUUAUCAGCCUCAUGAAGACCAUGUCCAUGAUUCUGGGUGCCUUUGUGAUCUGUUGGACGCCUGGUCUGGUGAUUCUGCUGCUGGACGGUCUCAGUUGCACCGCGUGUGACGUUCUCAAAUAUGAAAAGUACUGCCUGGUUCUGGCCGAGUGUAACUCUCUGGUGAACCCCAUCAUCUACUCGUUACGGGACACGGACAUGAGGACCACCUACAAACGCAUUCUCUGCUUCCCUUGGAGAAGAAUGCGCCAGCGUGAGGGGCCUUCUGGCAUCCGCUUUGAGCCUGUGAAAACAGGGGCACCCCUGGAGAAAAACAGCAAUAACUCCACCACUUUAGAGCCCGUUUCUUCACAAAGCCUAUUGUCUUCAUAGAAAAAGUAUUUCUCAGUGUAAAUAAAUGACUUUGUAUUUGCUCAGUGAAAUGAUCACAGCUUGUACAAAGAGUAAAUAAUACUUCAUUUUUGAUA